UCAAACUUCUCUUCUUCAUCCUCUUCACAAAAAUCACAAUCAAUCGAUCUUCGUUCUCUCAGCAAAACCAUGUCCUCUGCCAAGAGGAUCGUUCUCAAGAGCUCCGAUGGCGACACUUUUGAAGUCGACGAGGCGGCCGCCCUCCAGUCACAGGCCAUCCGCCACAUGAUCGAGGACGAUUGUGCCGAUAACGUCAUCCCUCUUCCAAAUGUCACCAGCAAGAUCCUCGCCAAGGUUAUCGAGUACUGCCGCAAGCACGUCGAUGCUUCCUCCUCCGAUCCUCCUCUCUCUGAACAAGAUCUCAGUGCCUGGGACCGGGACUUCGCCGAUGUUGAUCAGGCCACACUUUUCGAUCUCCUUCUGGCUGCAAAUUAUCUGAGCAUCAAUAGCUUGUUAGACCUGACAUGCCGAACAGUAGCUAACAUGUUCAGGGGAAAGACUCCAGAGGAGGUCAGAAAGACCUUCAACAUCAAAAAUGACUUCACACCGGAGGAAGAGGCGGAAAUUCGUAGGGAGAAUCAGUGGGCUUUUGAAUGAUUUGAAGUCCCACAAGAGUGCCCAAGGAUCUUGAUCAAUAUGAUGGUUGUUCUGUACAUGGUUCUGUAUAAACAUUUCUUUUUGGUUCUUUUGGGGUGUAUUCAAUCACUCCGUUGAACCUCAUCAUAAUUGUACAAACUUUUUUUUUUUCUUUUUUUCCUUUGGUAUGACCAAGUUCCUGUCCGGAAAGAAAUGGCUACCAAAUUGUCUCAAACUCCAACA